CAUCUAGACGCGACUUGGGCCUCUCUGGCGCCAAAAUGUCGCUUGUGGCGGGGGUUAUUCGGCGGCUAGACGAGACAGUGGUGAAUCGCAUCGCGGCGGGGGAAGUUAUUCAGCGUCCAGCAAAUGCGAUCAAAGAGAUGAUUGAAAACUGUUUAGAUGCAAAAUCCACGAGUAUUCAAGUGGUUGUUAAAGAGGGGGGUCUGAAGUUGAUUCAGAUCCAAGACAAUGGCACUGGAAUCAGGAAGGAAGAUCUGGAUAUUGUGUGUGAGAGGUUCACUACAAGUAAACUGCAGACCUUUGAGGACUUAACCAGUAUUUCUACCUAUGGCUUUCGGGGUGAGGCAUUGGCUAGCAUAAGCCAUGUGGCUCAUGUUACUAUUACAACCAAGACAGCUGAUGGAAAGUGUGCAUACAGAGCAACUUACUCCGAUGGAAAGCUGAAAGCUCCUCCUAAACCAUGUGCUGGCAAUCAAGGGACUCAGAUCACGGUGGAGGAUCUUUUUUACAACAUAACCACAAGGAGAAAAGCUUUAAAAAAUCCAAGUGAAGAGUAUGGAAAAAUUUUGGAAGUUGUUGGCAGGUAUGCAAUACACAAUUCAGGCAUUAGCUUCUCAGUUAAAAAACAAGGCGAGACAGUAGCUGACGUCAGAACACUACCCAGUGCCACAACAGUGGACAAUAUUCGCUCCAUCUUUGGAAAUGCUGUUAGUCGAGAACUGAUAGAAGUUGGGUGUGAGGAUAAAACCCUAGCUUUCAAAAUGAAUGGCUACAUAUCCAAUGCAAACUACUCAGUGAAGAAGUGCAUUUUCUUACUCUUCAUCAACCAUCGACUGGUGGAAUCAACUUCCUUAAGGAAAGCCAUAGAAACUGUAUAUGCAGCAUAUUUGCCCAAAAACACACACCCAUUCCUGUACCUCAGUUUGGAAAUCAGCCCUCAGAAUGUGGAUGUCAAUGUGCACCCUACAAAGCACGAAGUCCACUUCCUCCACGAAGAGAGCAUUCUGGAGCGGGUGCAGCAGCACAUUGAGGGCAAGCUCCUGGGCUCCAAUUCCUCCAGGAUGUACUUUACCCAGACUUUGCUACCAGGACUUCCAGGUCCUUCUGGGGAGGUGGUUAAAUCCACAACAGGUGUGACCUCCUCAUCUACUUCUGGAAGUGGUGACAAGGUCUAUGCUUACCAAAUGGUCCGAACAGAUUCCCGGGAACAGAAACUUGAUGCCUUUCUGCAGCCCAUGAGCAAGGCCCUGUCCAGUCAGCCCCAGGCCACUAUCCCAGGGGAUAGGACAGAUGGUUCUAGUGGUGAGGCCAGGCAGCAAGAUGAGGAGAUGAUUGAACUUCCAUCUCCUGCUGAGGUGGCUGCCAAAAAUCAGAGCUUGGAGGAGGAUGCAACAAAGGAGGCUUCGGAAACAGUAGAGAAGAGAGCACCCAGUCCCAGCCCAAGCAACCCCAGAAAAAGACAUCGGGAAGACUCCGAUGUGGAAAUGAUAGAAAGUGAUUCCCGGAAGGAAAUGACCGCAGCCUGUAUGCCCCGGAGAAGGAUCAUUAACCUCACUAGUGUUUUGAGUCUGCAGGAAGAAAUUAAUGAGCGGGGACAUGAGACUCUCCGAGAGAUGCUACAUAACCACUCUUUUGUGGGCUGCGUAAACCCUCAGUGGGCCCUGGCACAGCAUCAGACCAAGUUAUACCUCCUCAAUACCACCAAACUUAGUGAAGAACUGUUCUACCAGAUACUCAUUUAUGAUUUUGCCAAUUUUGGUGUUCUGAAGUUAUCGGAGCCAGCACCACUCUUUGACCUUGCCAUGCUUGCCUUAGACAGUCCUGAGAGUGGCUGGACGGAGGAAGAUGGCCCCAAAGAAGGACUUGCAGAAUAUAUUGUUGAGUUUCUGAAGAAGAAGGCUGAGAUGCUUGCAGACUAUUUCUCUCUGGAAAUUGAUAUGGAAGGGAACCUGAUUGGAUUACCCCUUCUAAUUGACAGUUAUGUGCCCCCCUUGGAGGGAUUGCCUAUCUUCAUCCUUCGAUUAGCUACAGAGGUGAAUUGGGAUGAAGAAAAGGAAUGUUUUGAAAGCUUAAGUAAAGAAUGUGCUAUGUUUUAUUCCAUCCGGAAGCAGUACAUAUCGGAGGAGUCGACCCUCUCAGGCCAACAGAGCGAGGUACCUGGCUCCACACCAAACCCCUGGAAGUGGACUGUGGAACACAUUGUCUAUAAAGCAUUCCGCUCACACCUUCUGCCUCCUAAACAUUUCACAGAAGAUGGGAAUGUUCUGCAGCUUGCUAACCUGCCUGAUCUGUACAAAGUCUUUGAGAGGUGUUAAAUAUGAUCAUUUAUGAACUCUGGAGUAUUCUAUUCUUCCUUUGUAUCCCAAUGUGGUUGGAAAGACAGGAUUGAAAAUUUGCAUUUGCCUGUCAACUUGUGGCACUUUUUCUUGCAUGGUGGAUUGACUAUAAAUAAAUUUUCUGAUGUGUCUUAA